GUCAGUGCAUCCAUAACAGUGAGCUGUCUGCACCGGGGCUGUGCGGGGGGUGAGACUCGCUCAUCACUUUGCCAGCGCGAGCCGAUCUGAGCUGAGCGGACAGGAGAGGACGGUGUAGCCCGGCCAAACAGAACUUGGCAGUCGGAGGCUGCUUUCUGUGGGAGAGGAGAACAUCUAAAGAAGCUUGUUUAGAAAAGAAGGGACAUUCAUUGACUGAGAAGAGGAACUUUCUUCUUAGUGACCUUGGGUGUGAAAAGCCUACUUCCCUUGGGACAGGUUACCAUAAGUUACCAUGGUGACAGAUCCAGGCUGCAGAGAGAACUGUCGACUCCCCGUGUUGUGAAUGAAGUACUGAGGUGGUACCGCAGGCCGAAACGAUGGCAGGGCAGGGACACCCUGCCCUUCCCUCUAUCUUUCUCUUCCUCGUCCUGGUGGGUGUUAUAGCUGAGGCCCAGGGCUCCGGCUAUCUGUCUAGGUUUCGCCUCAGGUCUCGUUUGCAGAGGGACCGCAACAUGAGAAACGUCCGACCCAACAUCAUUCUUAUUCUCACAGAUGAUCAGGACAUAGAACUGGGCUCAAUGCAGGCCAUGAACAAAACCAGGAACAUCAUGGAGAAGGGAGGCACGCACUUUUCAAACGCCUUCUCCACCACCCCCAUGUGCUGCCCGUCCCGCUCCUCCAUCCUGACGGGGAAGUACGUGCACAACCACCACACCUACACCAACAACGAGAACUGCUCCUCGCCCUCGUGGCAGGCACACCACGAGCCCCACACGUUCGCCGUGCACCUGAACAACUCUGGCUACAGAACAGCGUUUUUCGGAAAGUAUCUGAACGAGUACAACGGCUCCUAUGUGCCCCCUGGCUGGAAGGAAUGGGUAGCACUGGUGAAAAACUCCCGCUUCUACAACUACACCCUCUGCAGAAACGGGGUACGGGAGAAACACAGCAGCAGCUACCCAAAGGACUACCUGACGGACAUAAUCACCAAUAACAGCAUCGAGUACUUCCGUUUGUCCAAGAGGAUGUUCCCUAACCGGCCCGUCCUGAUGGUCCUGAGCCAUGUUGCGCCUCACGGUCCGGAGGACUCCGCUCCGCAGUACAGCGCUGCCUUUCCCAACGCUUCUCAGCACAUAACCCCGAGCUACAACUAUGCUCCCAACCCAGACAAGCACUGGAUCCUCCGCUACACCGGCCCCAUGAAGCCCGUCCACAUGCAGUUCACCAACAUGCUUCAGCGCAGGAGGAUGCAGACUCUGCUGUCGGUGGAUGAUAGCGUGGAGAAGGUGUACAACAUGCUGGUGGAGACGGGCGAACUGGACAACACCUACCUCAUUUACACCUCGGACCACGGCUAUCAUAUCGGCCAGUUUGGCCUGGUAAAGGGCAAAUCGAUGCCCUAUGAGUUUGAUAUCCGCGUGCCGUUCUAUGUACGAGGUCCUAACGUGGAUCAAGGCGUCACAAAUCCUCACAUCGUGUUAAACAUCGACCUGGCACCGACUCUUCUGGAGAUGGCGGGUGUUGAUAUUCCUGCAGAAAUAGACGGCAAGUCCAUCCUCAAGCUUCUGGCCACAGAUCGGCCAAUAAACAGGUUCCAGUUGAGCAAGAAAGGGAAAACAUGGAGAGACUCCUUUCUGGUGGAGCGAGGCAAGCCUCCGCACAAGAGAGCCGACGGGAAGGAAAUGGCCCAGGAGGAGAACUUCCUGCCAAAAUAUCAGAGGGUGAAGGACUUGUGCCAGAAAGCAGAGUACCAGACUUCGUGCCAACAACCGGGACAGAAGUGGCAGUGUGUGGAGGAUCCGACCGGCAAGCUGAGGCUGUAUAAGUGUAAAGGCAUGGCGAGCAUGUUCGCGCCACGCAUGCAGGCUCUGAUGGCCAGCAGUCCCUCCACGCUGUCCGUCGUUUCCAACUUUGAUGACUGUAACUGUGGCAAUGUGGGUGUCAAACCUUCUGCCCUGAAGAAGAAGAGGCUCCUAAACAAAAAGAGGAUCAAAUCCAUCAAGGCCGAGACCAGGAAGCGCUGGGCCCGCUCCGUGUCGUUUGAGCUGGAUGGAGAUCUGUACGCUGUGGACUUGGAGGAGGGCUACAGGCCCCUGGGAUCCAGUAACAGCAGCUGGACCAAAGACAGAUGGAGAGGCACAGGCGUUGGAGACGACGGCGAAGAAUUCAGCGGAAUGGGAGUUGCAGCCAAACCUACCGCCCGUGACAAACUCACGCCACCUGCUGCUUUGAAAGUCACAUACAGAUGCUCCAUUCUUAUGAACGACACAGUGAAGUGUGAUGGGGGCCUCUAUAAGUCGCUUCAGGCGUGGAAAGACCACAAACUCCACAUUGAGCACGAGAUUGAAACCUUGCAGACCAAAAUCAAGAACCUGCGUGAAGUGAAAGGUCAUCUAAAAAAGGUGCGGCCAGAGGAAUGUCAGUGCAACACCCCCAGUUAUCUUCUCAAGAAUAAGGAGGCGUAUCUGCUCAGUGUCGAGCAAACGGACUCUCUCAGAAUGCCAUCCAAGCAGAAGACACAGUGGCUGCAGAAAGAACAGAAGCGCAGGAAAAAACUGCGCAAAUUCCUGAAGAGGCUCCAGAACAACGACACCUGCAGUAUGCCGGGUCUCACCUGCUUCACCCAUGACAACCAUCACUGGCAGACCGCCCCCUUCUGGACCAUGGGUCCGUUCUGUGCGUGCACCAGCGCCAACAACAACACAUACUGGUGCCUGAGGACCAUCAAUGACACACACAAUUUCCUGUUCUGUGAAUUUGCCACUGGCUUCAUGGAAUACUUUGACCUCAGUACUGACCCUUACCAGCUGAUAAACGCUGUCAGCAGCCUCGAUCGCAACGCUCUGAAUUCAAUGCAUCAGCAACUCAUGGCCUUACGGAGCUGCAAGGGCCACAAGCAAUGCAACCCGGAGAAGGGGGGAAAGGAGAGAAACCACUUCAGUGAAUACAGGCCAGUUCAUCGUCGAAAGAGGCCAAAAACGAAGAAGCCCUCCUCCAAAUCGCUAGGGCAGAUAUGGGAAGGAUGGGUUGGUUAACCACCUGCAGCCCAAAACCCACCAUACCAGCCUCCUCCAGCAGAGGAAGGAGAAUGAAGACAACACAAGCCUAUGAGGACCUUGAUCAUCCGUCGCUGAACCAUAACCCGAGAUACUGUUCGUCUCUACACUGGGUUGAGUUUUUGGGAGAGUUGCUCUUCGUGGCCUUUGUGUGGAUGAGACACGAAGAAGCUAAAAAAAAAAAAAAACUUUUCCAUUAUCUACAUUGGAAAACAUCUCAUAAUCAUUGACAUUUGUUACCCCCCGGCUUUUGAGAUGAACGGCAACUGUAAAUGCUGUAAACGGCGGGGUCAGUCCGGCGUCCGAAAGCCAUUCGGUCUGACAGUAAUCCUUGUAGAUAAUAUACAGAAUAUCGCUUUAAUCUGCUUUCUUUCGCGGAAAGCGGGACUGGACGGGGACACGACGAGCUUCGCGUCAACGCCGCUGCUACGCAAUGACACACCGUGACCUCGUCAUGUCUCUGUGGCACAUGCUGACGAGGAACCGAGCAAACAUCAUAUUUCCCACAUGGACGUGUUUGCACCAGGACGUGACGUGAAACCUCCAUGAGAAACAACCGUAUCAAACUUCUCGCCAUAAUCUUUUGUUUUUAUAUUUGACCUACGCACCGAUGAAUGUCUUUCAUGAGGAGUUAUCCCCGCUCACGGCUGUGAGACGUGAAGCGACCCGACACAGAGAAACCUUGACUAGGCCGACACUAACCGUUAUCUCACAUUCACUACAAACACAGGAACAUGCGACCGUUGAACACCGAGCGACAUUAGUGACUCUGACGCUACUCCUUUGUGCCGAUGGUUCCACACUUUAGAGGUUUCCAUAUAGUUUGUUUAGCUUGCUAUACAUGGUGCUACUGGAUGACAACACAGAAAUCAAUCUUUGCUGUACAGUACAGUAUGUAUUUGAAUGUACGUUGUGCAAUUAAUAUAAAUGUUUACAAUAUUUUUUAUAAUACUUAAGAGGCAGACCUCAUUGUACAAUAUGAGUUGACAAAAUGAACGUAUCGGGUGAGAAGCAGCUUAAGAAAUCUCAUUGCCCACAAUUUGUAUGUUUGUCCUUAUUUACAUGAGAAAAGCACUUAAAGGGUUCACUGUGAUAAGAUGUAUAAUAAUGAAUACAUAGUCUACUCUGUGCCAGAGGAGUGGGGGGGGGGGGGAACACAAUUUAAUAAUACUUGAUGUGAAGUACUCGCUUUUGUUAGAUCUUGUUUCAUUGUUUGUUUUCUUUGUAUACAUUUCAAUAGCCCUAGAUUGAGCUGAUAGUAAUUGUGGAUAAUAAAAGUGUUUUGUUUCAAAUAAAAAAAAAAUAGCAUGCACUU